AUGUCGACCUAUAGAGGCCAGACGCCUUCCUCCCCUCCCGUUGAUCCACGCAUUGUCUCGUUCUUCGAGAAAUUCUAUGAAGUUUCUGACAACCCGACCGCGCACGAGGAGUAUGCACAAUCCUUCACCCCGGAUGCUGAUUUUGUAAUGGGUCUGAAGAGAGCCACGGGUUAUAACGAUAUCCUAACCAUUCGUCAUGGGUUAUGGUCAGGACCGGUCAAAACGAGGAAGCACACACUCGUCAAGAUCUUUCCGUUCGGGAAGGACAGCAACGAGGUCAUGUUGUAUGGGAGCGUGGAUUAUGGUUUGAAGAAUGGGAAGGACGUCACAGUGGAAUGGGCUGGUAGAGCGGUUCUGGUCGAGUACCAAGGGGACCUAAGGAUGAGCUUCUACCAGGUUUACUUGGUAAGCGACGACCACCAUUCGGCUUGCGCGGCUGAGAGCCUGGCGGCUAACACGGGACAGGAUGCCGCAGCGGUUGCAAAUGCGGCAAAGGACUAG